CGUUCUACUAUGUACUCCUGGACAGUGCAUGAUUACCCUUGCUAGCGACGAAAGGGAAUAAUAGAUAGCGGGGUACGGGGUGUUUGAUUUCUGUAUUCAGAAAUCCAAACUAGGAUAUUACUCCGUAUAAUCUGCCUAUCCUAGAGGUUUGGCGGGCUGCUAGCUUGCGAGUCGCCGGCUGCGGCGCGUGGGCUGAGAUGAUUUCGACUGUUCCCUCUCUUAGGCAGUGAGGGAUAUAAAACGAAGGGUCCGGAUAAUAGAGAGUAAACAAAAAUCAGCAACAAUCAUGGCCUCAACAACUCCCAUCCCUCUCCCAAGUAUUCCCGACAUUCAUCUCGUAUUUCCCGAGUCGGAACUUGCGGUCAAGGCAUUUGCCUAUGCGAAGCAACAUUGCACCGAAGCUGUCUACAACCAUGCUGUUCGCUCUGCCUACUGGGCCCUGAUAAUCGCCAACAAAGUGAGCAAAUUCAAGAAUGUCAAUUUCGACUUUGUAGUUGUCUGCUGCAUUCUCCACGACAUGGGUUGGUCCACCACAGCGGAAUUAUUGUCCGAGGACAAGCGUUUCGAGGUUGACGGGGCGAAUAUCGCGCGAGACUUUAUAUCGACAAAUGCCCAGUGGAGUGCAUCGGAUAUCCAACAUGCAUGGAAUGCCAUUGCGCUACAUGCUACGCCCUCGAUUGCUAAAUACGCGGCGCCGGACAUUGCACUUAUCCAUGAAGGUAUCGCCGCUGACUUUUUUGGGCCCACUUAUGCCAUGAUCCCGGGGGAACCAGGAAUCAUCACUCUCGAUGAGUAUUAUGCGGUGAUGAAACUCUUUCCCCGGGCGGGAUUUAACCGUGAGGGCUUCAAGAACAUUGGAUGCUGGCUUUGUCGGACAAAGCCACGCACAACAUAUGACAACUGGGUCGGUCAAAUGGGGCUGAACUGCGGCAUAGAUGGGAACGGCGAAGGAAGAGAAGAGUAUGAGAGGCAAUGGAAAGAAAACCAAGCUGUGCCGAUGUUGUUUUCGGCUUUGGAUUGUCUCGAGGCCUAUGACCAAAACAAACCCUUCUAGUGCGUAACUUGUAAUGACUGCUGGUGCAGUAAAGCUUACUCCACACCCAGCCAAAGAACCAACAUCUGGACUAUUGACGAGUUAAAAAAAAAAAGAGAGAGAAAAUCUGAAAGUAGGGUUUGACUUAGGAGG